AUGACUGACGCAUACAACGCCUGCUUGAACUACACUGCCGCCGAAACAGCAGGGUUGGAACCCCUCGUUGGCUUUAUUGACCUUAUCGUCAAAGCUUUUCCAGAGAAGGCAUCGGAUGGUCUGAUAACAAAGGAUGAUGACUUAGGAAAAGUGAUGCUCGUCUUCGCUCAGCAUUCCAUCCCUACAUUCGAGUUUAUUCAGCCUGUAAAAGACGCUAUCAAUCCUGUCAGUCUCGCUUUGGAUGUCGUCCAGUACAGGCCUGCGGCCUCUAUUAAAGCCGAGGAACUCGCAUUGAAGAUAACGGCAUUCGAGGAGGAAGCCAAUCAAUUGUUGAAUGCGGAUAGAAGAAGCGAAACUGCAGAUAUACCUAUCAAGUUCACUCUGGCAGAUGUUACCAGCGUAGCACCUGAACUAGGCCACGACUUUGUGAUCAAGAGCCUCUCGCCGCCUGGUUAUAUUCCUGAAGAGCUGAACUUCGCCCCUGGAUACUUCGGCAAUUUGUCUGCGCUAUUGGCAAACACUACGGCAGACACUUUGAAAGGAUAUUUCGUCUGGAAAGCGGCUAUCACAUUAUCCACCUACGUUGAGGCCGAGGCCAUGCACAAAUUGACUGACGUGAAGGCAAUUUUGAGCGGUUUAGACCCAGACAUCAUCGGCCAGGGCGCUCGCUGGCAGCAAUGCAUUGCCAGAAUCGAGGGCGGUGUUGGAUGGAUUGAGACCUCAAAUGGGCUGGGGUGGAUUCUCGGUCGCUUUUUUAUCGACAGGGCUUACUCAGAAGCGGCCCGUGAGCUCACCACGACUCUCAUGAACACGAUACAGAGGGAGUUCAUUACCCGUCUAGCUGAUAAGACGUGGUUGUCCGAUGAAGUCCGGAAGGUUGCCGAGGAGAAGGUCCGCGCUAUGGCCCUAAAGAUUGGGUAUCCAGACGCAUCCCCCAAGACAGUCGACCCACAGGGCAUGGCGGCUUACUAUAGAGAUCUUGAAAUCGGUGAAUCCUUUUUCAACAACACAAUCAGCUCUGCUGCUUGGUAUACUGCUAAGUUGUGGUCAUCGCUAAACAAGCCUAGCGACAAAGCAAUGUGGGGUGAGAGCCCGACAGUAGUCAACGCCUAUUACUCCCCACAACUCAACGACAUCACUAUCCUUGCAGGAAUUCAACAGCAGCCUCUUUAUGAUGUCGAGUACCCAUCUUACAUAAACUAUGGCGGCCUAGGCACGGUUCUCGGCCAUGAGCUAACCCAUGGCUUUGAUAACGUGGGUCAUAAGUUCGCACCGAAUGGUUCUCUUAGCAACUGGUUUGAUGAAAGCAGCGAAAAAGCCUUCACCGAGCGCGCUGGUUGCUUCGUCAAACAGUACAGCGAGUUCUCCGUUGCAGCGCCCAACGGUACGCGUGUACACGUCAAGGGCGACUCUACGCUAGGCGAGAAUAUUGCAGAUGCUGGCGGCCUGGCAGCUUCGUUUGCAGCGUGGAAACGCCAGCAGGCUGACGGCACAGCCAACGACUACGAUCUCCCCGGUCUCGGUAACUUCACAUACGACCAGCUCUUUUUCGUUAAGUAUGCCCAGAGCUGGUGUACAGUGUCCGGCUCUCCUGGAUACGACGUCUGGCUGAUCAACAAUGACGCUCAUUCGCCUGGUUUCGCACGCAUCAAGGGUGGGUUAGACAAUACUCAAGAGUUCAAGAAGGCUUUUAACUGCCCUGUGAAAGAGGCUAGGUGUGAACUGUGGUAA